CUGGUCACGUGGUAGCGGUGACCAAGUCCAACACACACACACACACACACGCGCAUGUGUUAGUGUGUGUGUGUGAGUGUGUGAGUGUGUAGUAGCGGAUUGUUCUGUUCUAAACCCGGUGAGAUGAAACCUUUCCUUCAUCUGAAAAGCUUCAUUCAUCCUGCUGAGAAAGAGAUGAUGUUGUAUUACAAUCCAUCUCCUGAUUCCUGUCUCCAGUUUAAUGGACCUCUGGACCUCUCCUCCAAAAACAAAUCCCGAGAUGGAGCUUCUCCAGAACCCAUCCAGAUAUCGGAAGAACAAACACCCGAGAACUUAUCUCCUAUCCAGAAAGAAAUGACGUUUUGCUACCAGCCGUCUCCUGCUUCGUUCGUAUCAUUUCAUGCUCCUCUAGAUCUGUCCACCACAAGCUCUUCAAGAAAUGUUGCUGCUUUUGAAAGGCUGCAGAUACCUGAAGAAAUCAAAUCAGAGAACUUGUCUCCUGCCAGUUGCAGCAGUCAGUCUGCUUCUGUCCUCACAACAACCUCGCCCAAACUUAUUUGGAAAAAAAUCCACCCAUGCGUUGUGUGUGGGAAGAGCUUUGCGAGACUGGGAGACCUCCAGAAACACUUCAGGAUUCACACUGGAGAGAAACCGUAUCAGUGCUCGGAAUGUGGGAAGAGCUUCAGUCAGGAGAGUAACCUCCAGCAGCACCUUCGCCUUCACACCGGAGAGAAACCGUAUCAGUGCGCAUGGUGUGGAAAGAGUUUCGCUCAUCAGCAGAACUUCCAGACGCAUCAGCGCAUCCACACCGGAGAGAAGCCGUAUCAGUGCUCGGAAUGUGGGAAGUGUUUCACUCGGAAGAACGCGGUGCAGCGCCACCUGCGCGUUCACACCGGAGAGAAACCCUAUCACUGUAUGGAGUGUGGGAUGAGCUUCAGUGAGAACUGCACUCUGAAGGAACACCAGCGACUUCACUCAGGAGAAAACCUUUUUUACUGCUCGGAGUGUGGGAAGAGCUUCCACCAGAAGAAAACUCUCCUGGGACAUCAGCGCACCCACACUGGAGAGAAGCCCUACAUCUGCUCCGAGUGUGGGAAGAGUUUCAGUCGGAUGAACACGCUGCAGCAGCACCACCGCAUCCACACUGGAGAGAAACCCUUCCAGUGCUCAGACUGCGGACAGACGUUCGCUCAGCAAAGCACUCUGCACCGUCACCAGCACAUCCACACCGGGGAGAAACCCUACCAGUGCUCGCUGUGUGGGAAGAGCUUCAACCGCAAAAACACUCUCCAGCUCCACCAGCGCCUUCACACUGAAAACAAAUCCAGCACUGAGGAGAUCUUCUACACCGCUACAGAGUAAAACCCACAACUCUUAGCUCCCUCACAGGCAAUACAUGUGUAGCAACCCUGUCUCAUUAUACGUCUCACAGCCAUGAAGGUGAACCUCACGUUUAUUUUACACGCUUGGAGCAUAAAAAAAUGUCCUGCUAUGUUCCUGACUAGCGCCACCUAGCAAAGCUGGACCUCAUUUGAGCCAUGAACACUCUCGGGAUGAAGAUGGAAGGAUUCUGCUGCUGCAGAAAGUGGACUUUUACUGACCCUUCAAACACCUGCAACAGUGACCUAGCUUUCUGUGUGAGCCUGAAGCAGGUAAUCCCCUAGAGAUGGUGGAUCAUUUGGCUACUGCACCAGAGUCGAGAGGACCAAUCAGCACGAGAUGUUCAGCACACAGUCUGAGAAACUUCUCACUUUUAUUAGAUGAUUCUUUUCAGCAAUAGACAAAGUCACAUACAGUAGCUCUAGAAAAUGUCAGGAUCUACAGUCAGGGUGGUGUGGAAAAAACUCCCUGAGAUAAUAUGAGGAAGAAACCUUGAGAGGAACCGGAACUUAUGCUCACCAAAUGUCCAUUCAUUAUAAAUCAUUCCCUUCUGUAACCUUCGGGUGAAACAGUGUGUAACGAGAACGUCCAUCAUAUCCUUUACCUCUAACAGUGCUAGCAGCUAACUGAUACAACAUAACACACAUCCUGCACCAGGUCUUCAGUGUGUCUGCACACACAUGUAGAGGAACAUUAUAACGCGUGUAGAGAUCAUGUGAAGGUCGUGGUGUCAGGACACUAAAGCAAAGUGGAGAACAUGGAGACUGAAACACUCACGGCUGAGAUGGACAUGAAUUAAUGUAACAGUACUGUCAAAAAUCCACCAAAGAUCAGAUAUUUAUGGUGUAACAGUGUGGAGAAGCUUCCAGGGGGUUUGGGCACAAACUCAGAUUUGUUCUACAGUAUGUUUUAGAUAUGAUCAGCUGAUAGAGAACUCAGAGGAACCCAUCAAAACCUCACUGCACCGUUUCAUCUCACCCUCCUGUGGUUUUACUCAGAGUCUGUGUUCCUCCUGUAAGCUGCAGUGAAACUCCACUCAGGGCACAGAGUGUGUAAUUACUCUCUAAUCGAGGAGAACCUGUGGCAUGUUCAUGCUGAGGUGUAGAGUAUGAGGUUUUCAGGAUAAUUAGCAAGUCUGUCAUGAGAGGGAGAAGAUCUGAGUCCAGGACCACAGGGAAUUUAAGAGGUAUAUACAUUUAGAGGUAUCUGGGAACUCGAGUGAAACUCAGCUCUUUGUGUACAAUCAUUGAAGGUCUGAAGGCAGCAGUUGAGGAACCCAUCAUCCCUCCAGCUGUUAAACCUGGUGAUGGAUCUGCUGCAGAAACCUGCACAUGUGGAUGCAGAAUGGAUUUUAGUGAAUAUAUGUACAUUCUGGAACCAAAUGUUUACUCAAAAUAAAGCAUUAAAUACUUAAAGAAAUCCGAACUGAAGCUCCUGGAAUGUUCCUUUUACAGUACCCUGACCUGAACAUCUGUGUAGAUACCUUCUGUGGAUCUAAAACAUGAGAAAUGGCCCAUGAAUAUCUCCAGACUAGGCGUGUUCUCGGUGGACUCCAUGCUGACUGUAUAAGCGUGUGAGCUCCUGAAUACUGACUCAAACGUGUUCGUUUCCCCCUAAACCUUUUAUUUAUUUAUAUAAAAUCACUGCUUUAUUAUUUACAGGAGAAACACCACCACCAUCAUCACCAUCUUCAUCAACUUGGUGAAAUAAUGUGCUGAAGAACUCUGGAAAAAAAACAUGUAGUUGGGACAGGAGUGCACAAACUUUUUCAUACAGGUGUAGAUGUGUAGAUGUUUUACAGGAAGUGUAGGAAAUGUAAAGACGUGUAGAGCAGUGAGAAGUUGUGAGAAUGUUUAGCGGUAGAAGAUAAACGUGUUCUGUCUGAAGUUCAGUGGAGAUUCCAUGAAUAAAGAUUUGUACAUUAUUACUGA